AUGGCAGACAUCAACGAAAAGACAGACGCCACAGCGCCCGCUGCAGCGCCAGUCGAGACAUCGUCUGCACCUGCGCCCGUGACGAACGCUGCACCCUCACCCGCUGUCCCUAGCGAGAAGGCUCCAAUUGCUGCUGAAAGCGAGAAGCCAGCCGUCGCUGCAGCACCAGCAGAGAAGAAGAAGGGUCGCUAUGACAAGUCAGAGGAGAAAGAGGUCAAGCAGGAGCAUGCCCUCGUUGACAUGUCUACCAUCGAGCUCAAGGCCGAAGAUCUCUAUGACAAGGACAAGGUUGAUCUCGAGCAAAUCGUCCUCGAAGACGUUUGGGCGCUCCUCCAGGCAAAGGAAGAGGGCUUGACUGACGCAGAAGCCGAGCGACGUGUCGGCAUUUUUGGCCCUAACAAGCUCGAGCACAAGGAGCAAUCCGCGCUGCUUCAGUUCCUCUCCUUCAUGUGGAACCCCCUCUCAUGGGUCAUGGAAGGCGCUGCUCUCGUCGCCAUCGUGCUAUCUAACGGUCAAGGCAUGCCUCCCGACUGGGAGGAUUUCAUCGGUAUCGUGCUGCUCCUGUUCAUCAACUCAACCAUCGGCUUCGUCGAAGAGCGUAAUGCCGGUAAUGCUGUCAAGGCGCUCAUGGACUCCCUCGCGCCCAAAGCAAAGGCUAGGCGCGAUGGUGCCUGGAAGGAAAUUGAGUCGUCCGGCCUCGUGCCUGGUGACGUUGUCUCCUUCAAGAUCGGUGACGUCGUGCCGGCGGACUGUCGUCUGUACGAUUCGGUCAAUGUCUCUAUCGAUCAAGCUGCUCUCACCGGUGAAUCACUGCCUCAGUCAAAGAAAGUUGGCGAUCAGUGCUUCUCUGGUUCGAUUUGCAAGCAGGGCGAAGCAGAGGCCGUCGUCAUUGGCACGGGUCCCAACACAUUCUUCGGUCGCGCUGCCACUCUGGUUGGUCAGGAUGAUGACUCUGCAGGUCACUUGCAAAAGAUCCUCGCAAAGAUUGGCACAUUCUGUCUCAUCUCAAUCGGUAUCUUUGUCCUUGCCGAGAUUUUUGUGCUCUACGCUGGUUUCCGCUUCCAAUAUCGUCGUGGACUCAACAACAUCCUCGUUCUUUUGAUCGGCGGCAUCCCAAUCGCGAUGCCGACUGUCUUGUCUGUCACGCUCGCCGUCGGCGCUCAGCAGCUCGCAAAGUACAAGGCUAUCGUUACUCGUAUCACUGCCAUUGAGGAGCUUGCCGGUGUAACAAUCCUGUGCUCUGACAAGACUGGCACACUCACUACCAAUAAGCUCACGAUUGACAAGUCGACCGUCAAGACAUACGCAGAUGCCGACGCCGAGCGAGUCUGCCUUGAAGCGGCCUAUGCAUCGCGAACGGAAAACCAGGACGCAAUUGACUCUUGCAUCACCGGCUCGAUCGGAGAUGUCUCGCUCGCUCGCAAGGGCAUCAAGGUACUCGACUUCAAGCCUUUCAAUCCGGUCGAUAAGCGCACAGAGGUCACUUAUCUCGAAGAAGACACCGGCGUGAUGAAGCGCGUCACGAAGGGCAUGACUGGCAUUAUCAUCGAACUUUGCACUCGUGGCAAAACUGAAGCUGUCGAAAAUCAACUCGAGGCUGACGUCGAGGAAUUCGCUCGUCGUGGUCUUCGUGCUCUCGCGGUCGCAAACGAGACCGUCACAUCCAACGACAAAGAAGGCUCUGGUGAUGGCUUCCAGCUCCUCGGUCUGCUCGCCAUCUAUGAUCCUCCUCGCGAAGAUACCAAGCAAACGAUUGACGAUGCUCUCUCGCUCGGCGUCAAGGUCAAGAUGGCAACAGGUGAUCAGCUCGCUAUCGCAAAGGAAACUGGCCGCCGUCUCGGUCUCGGUGAUCACAUGUACCCUGCCAAGGUUCUCAAGGAUGGCCCCGCACCCGGCGGCAAGCACAUGAGCGUCGACGAGAUGAUCCUCGACGCAGAUGGUUUCGCAGGCGUCUUUCCGGAGCACAAGUAUGAAAUCGUUAAACGUCUUCAAGGUCUCGGUCACUUGGUCGCAAUGACAGGCGAUGGCGCAAACGAUGCUCCCGCACUCUCUCGUGCAAAUGUCGGUAUCGCAGUCGAAGGUGCAACGGAUGCCGCGCGUGGCGCAGCCGAUAUCGUUUUGACGGAGCCCGGCCUUUCAACUAUCGUUCAUGCCAUCCGUCAAUCCCGUGUCAUCUUCCAGCGUAUGCGCAACUACUCCAUCUACGCUUGCGCAGUCACGAUCCGUAUCGUCCUGUGCUUUGCCAUCAUGGCCUUUGCCUUCAAAUUUGACUUCCCUCCUUUCAUGGUGCUGGUCAUCGCUCUCCUCAACGACGGCACAAUCAUGACACUCUCUUUGGAUCGUGUGCUGCCAUCCAUGACGCCUGACUCGUGGGAUCUUGGCGAGAUCUUCACGUAUGCCAUUGCUUAUGGCAUCUAUCUCUCGCUCUGCACGAUCGCGCUCUUCCUUGUCAUCGUUCGCACAACUUUCUUCGAAGACAAAUUCGGUGUUACGCCCUACAAGGAUCACAACGCGUAUGGUCUGCACAUGAUCAUCUACCUCGAGGUCGCACAAAUUUCGCAAGCGCUCAUCUUCGUCACGCGAUCGCAUUCUUGGUUCUUCAUGGAGCGACCCAGCGUGGCUCUCUUCGGCGCCUUCUGCCUCGCCCAACUCAUCUCCUCCAUCAUUGCGGCUUAUGGUGACUGGGGAUUCUCCCAAGUAUCAGGCAUCAGCGGAGGCUGGAUAGGAAUAGUAUGGAUCUGGAAUAUCGUCUGGUUCCCUGUGUUGGACGGCAUCAAAUUCGGCACACGAGCUCUGAUCAAUGCCUACAAUGCCCGUCGCGCGAAGCGGCCUCAAUCGAUCAAGCAUCAAGAAGACGAGAAUGGCGUACCACUCACGCGCACCACGUCUCGCGCAGCUUCGAUGUAUAGCAACCGAACCACCUUCCUCUCUCGAUCUCUCGGGGUAUGUCUUGUCGCGUCGGCCUGGGCAACAAGCGAGUGCACAUCUCGAACAACGAGCUCCAGCGCUUCAGCUCACAUCAAGCUGCAAGCUCUGGCGCAAAGCUGUCGGGCCAGUAAAAGCGAGGUCUCGGAAAGCCAAUCUUUCGAUCCUUUCGGCAAAGCUUCGUUCACCCUAAUCAGAAGCGAAUGCGUAGACGCUGUGUAUUCUCAUCCUAGCAUUGCAAGCUUUCGCAAGAGCUCCUCAGACGUGCUUCACAAUGACUCGAAUGAUCUGAUGGUCUAG